UUUCAGCUCCUAUAACAGGAUAUAAUGGACUUGAUCCGGUUCAGCUUACCUGGUCUGCUGAUACUGGGCUUGGUGCGUUCGGUGACAAGCUAUACUUUCUUGUUGCCCUUUAGUUUCAAUGAAGAUGGUGAUGCCUUCAUUGAAUACAAAGGCACGAUUUACCUUUCCGAAGAAACGCGCAACAUUGUGUACAAGGAUGACGAAGGAUGUACAGUGAAGCUACAUUUGAGACGACCUCAACCGAAAGAACGACGCAAUGGUCGAGGCUAUAUUGGCGGUUCAAGGUGA